AGAUGACGUCAUUGUGUCUGAGAAAUAAUGAAUGAUGCAGCGAAAGCAGAAAUGGAAAGAUCCCACGUCCCUUGUGGCAUUGCUAUUCAUUCCACAUUGUAUCAAGUCAUCAUUUCUAUGGCUUGCCCCUGUUAGUUCCCACUAUAUCUACUGGAACCGCACUGGGUAACUUUGAUUCCAGAGUUAUCAUUCUUUAUGCCAACCUGUUGGGAACAUCUCUGGGAUUUACUGAUAGAUCAUUGUUGCUAACGUUAAUGGAACAUAGCACCUCCAGCCUUUUCAAUUUCUAGCUUUUAUAAUAUUUGAUACCAGCCAACAAGAGGUGCUCUUCAGACCUGUGAGAAUCAGGUGAAAAUACUGAAGAUGUUUUCAGCAUUUAGUGCAAUUUUGUUAUGGAUCAGUGCUAGUCUAUCAGUCUGGGGAUCUCCUUGUGAGCCAGUGAGGAUCCCAAUGUGCAGCACUAUGGCCUGGAACAUCACCAGAAUGCCCAACCACCUUCACCACAGCACCCAGGAGAAUGCCAUCUUAGCCAUUGAGCAAUACGAAGAACUGGUGAACACGGACUGCAGCCCAGUGUUACGUUUCUUUCUCUGUGCAAUGUAUGCCCCCAUAUGCACUUUGGAAUUUCUCCAUGACCCCAUCAAACCUUGCAAGUCAAUUUGUCAGAUGGCAAAAGAUGGGUGUGAACCCAUCAUGAAGAGGUACAACCACAGCUGGCCAGAAAGUUUAGCUUGUGAUGAGCUUCCUUUGUAUGACCGUGGGGUCUGUAUAUCGCCUGAGGCUAUAGUCAUCGACAUACCUGAAGAUGUCAAGUGGACAGACUACCCGGACAUUAUAGACCAGGACAAAACAUUAACACCUGAAUGCAAGAAUAUACAUUCUGAUCAAUGCAGAUGCAGAAAAACUAAGCCAACCCUGACAACAUACCUGGAAAAAAACUACACUUACAUUAUUCAUGCUAAAGUUAAAGAGGUACAAAAAAGUGGCUGCAAUGAAGUAACAACUAUGGUAGAGGUGAAACAGACUCUCAAGUCCUCAAUACCCAUUCCAUAUUCUUUAGUACCUCUAAUUACAAACUCCUCCUGUCAAUGUCCUGAGAUUGCUCUCAACCAGGAUGUGCUGAUCAUGUGCUAUGAGUCACGGUCACAACUGAUGCUGCAUGAAGGAUGCUUAGUUGAGAAAUGGAAAAACCAGCUGACUAAACGAUAUAAGCGAUGGGAACAACAGCUACAAGAGCAUCAAAUGCGAUCUGCAAACGGUAAGAAUCAGAAUGUUGGACGCCAGGGACAAAGUGGUACUGUCAAGUCAAAUUCCAAGCGUCCAAGCUCUGCAGCUAGAACUUUACCGAAAAACAUGAAAAAGCAGUAGCAACAUCAAGAGAGGAAAGCAAUCUUCAAAAUAAGAACUGUGAAAACUCUGAAGCAAAGAAUUUUUUUCUUGUUUUCUAUUUUUUUUUUUUGCAUGAUAAGGUUUGCAUCUGCCUCUCAUGGUACACCAAUCUGUCAGUAUCCGCCCAGCUAACAAAAUGCACACCUACAUGCAAGACAUUCUUAGAGCACUUCAUUUGCAGAUCUGCUUUAACAUUAUAUAAUCAGAUGUUUGCACUCACACAUGGCAAGCAUUUCAUGGAAGUUUAAGAUAUGCAUGUACAAACUAUAGACAUGAGCAAUGCCCAUUUUAUCCAUAAACAUUUGGCAAUGCCUACAUGUAACUAUGUUUACGGGAUAUUUUCUGACAUUCUCUACCAUUGCUUCUUGAUUAAAAUGUGCCUGUAGCAGAGCAUUAACUGCUCCUUAUGGCAAUAGUAUCUUAGCAUCGUAACAUGACAUUUUAAAAUUAAUUUUUUCUUUCAUAAUUUACUUCAGGCUGGCUUCUGUUGGUAACUUUAAAUAAGAUGUAUACAGUUUUUUUGAUUUUUUUGUCCCUAAUAGCUGAUGGUUCUACAUACUUCGAUUCAUAACUGAACCAAAUUUAGAGACUGUACUGAUUAGUAACACCUAGUUGUAGCAUUCUCUACAAAUCUCUAUUUCACAUCAGUUGGAAAUUUCCUUUUUUUGUUGGUAUAUGUUUAAUUUGUUAAAACAAAACUGCUGGAACAGCUGUUUAAAUGUCACUAUUGAAGAUACUUUUCAUUUAUGUUUUGUUAAUAGAUAAAUGCAUUGAAGGUAGUUUAUAUCUAAAUAUGUUUUUUAAUUCAUUUACUCCACAACAUGCAGCAUUCCUUCAAAUGUCAAAUCCUCAGCAUUCAACAUUCCACUGUCUAGAAAAUAAAGAAUUAUGUGCGA